GUUUCCGGUUUCUAAAUUUUUGACAUUUUUAAAAUGUUAAGUUUUUAAGUUGCUGUCUAGGCCUACUACCACUCUAAUGAGAGGUGAUAUCAAGUGAAGAAAAAAGUGGAUCGUCAUUAUGUGAAUUUCACAAAAAUCAUCAUAGAGUAUAAACAGGGAAAAGGCAGUAUGACCAGUACAGUGUUGACAGCCGAGUUUAUAGAGAGACAUCUAUCAUCACUUGUGGAUCCACCAUCAAUAUGGGAGAUUGAGAGAGGGCAUUUUUACAAACUUGAUUUAAAAAUGUGUCAGAUGAAGUCCCUGCAGUAUGGAUUCUCUUGGGGAGAUGAAAGGACCCCCAAGCCCAAAGUGGUGUCUGUAGUGGAGACUCCAUCUAAGAUCCUCUACAUGGAUAUCUCCCUGAAUGACUUGAGUGAACUGGACCAUGCAGGGUUGGCUCCUCUGAGAAACCUUCGUGCAUUGAAUGCCUCGCUGAACAGAAUAACUAGGUUUGUUGGUGUUGAAAUAUGUAAACAUUUACGCUACCUUAACCUCUCUCACAACAACAUACAAAAUAUAGAGGGCAUUGCAAACUGUACAUCACUGGCUGAGUUAAACCUCGCUAUGAAUGACAUUGAGGAUCUCACCUACGUGCCAUCUUUACCUAACCUAACAGUGUUACACAUAAACAACAAUAAGUUGAAAUCAUUAAAUGGUAUUCAGGCAUUAUCACACCUAAAGGAAUUGCAUUGCCAACGCAACAAAUUGAGAGAUGUGAUUCCCAUUGCUAGUUCAUUUCAUCUUAUAAUGCUGAAUGCUGCUGAAAACCAAAUAGAGUCUCUGCAAACAACUGCUGAUAUACUCAAAGGCCUUUCUCACCUAAGGACACUUAACAUGUUUAACAACCCAAUAGAGAGAGAGUCAAGCUACAAUUCUGUACUUACUGAUACACUUCAACUGCUGACACUUGACAACAUUAGCGUGCGUUCACACAGAGAUCAAACUGUCGGAUACUACAAAAGUGGCUCAAAUAACAAUAUUUCUGGCUUGAAGGAGUCUGCAAGAGCAGCCUUUCACGAGAAGAUCAAAAUCCAAAAAGAUAAAAUGGAAGAAAAUGUUAGAUUUCUUCAGAGAAGAAUUAUAGAUGUCCAGGAAGAGUACAGGGACUAUGAGGAUAGGAUGAAGAAAGAUAUGGAAUCAUGUCUUAGCUACCUAGAUGGACUUUCUCUAGACCAAGCAAGGAACUAUGACACUAAUGCUAUCCGGGGAAAUAUUGGUUCUCCUGCACCACCUUGGCAUCCAGGACCAAGCUACCAUUCAGACAGGACAAUCAAGGAUAAGAAGGACUACAGUGGCAUAAAAUCAGCUGAUGAAGUUUUGAGACUUGCAGUCAAUGAACUCUCCAAAGAACAGGCUAAAUUAUCUCAAUAACGUUCCAAUGGAACACAUGUGCUCAGAUAAUUCUCAAUC